AUGUCUUCUUCACAAAUUUACAAAAGUGAAAUCUUUCACGAUGAAGUGGAAGUAGUUCCAUCUUCUGUAGCUGUUCCUUCGAAUACGUUGCCACACCCAGGUUCUCCCAAUCUGUUUCCAAAAGUGUUAGCAAUAAUCAACACACUAAAAACCUCAAAGAGUUCUAUUGGUUCUUUAACUCAAAUUUUGACAAGUACACAAGGCUCUUGUCAACUCAUUCGUGUCUUAAAAAAUCUUUCAACUGAGGAGACCAAACACUUCACAACAAUAACACUCCCAGUCAUUUUUGAUCUUGCAAUAUUAUCAUUGAAAUAUAUUCAGUCACCAAUUCCACAACUUAAAAUGACUACAAAAGGCGUUGUGGAAUUGACCCGUCGCCAGGUGGCGGGGCUUCUUGCGUUGUCGCUUUUGGGAUUCUAUACACUUCCCCAGACCUUCAGAGACGUCUCAAUAUUCCCAAUCGUCUUCUUUGGCGGGAAAGUGCAGGCGACAAAGCUUCGUGCGUACAUCGCUUACUUUGACGGCAUUCUCCGAUUCUCAAAGGACGACACGGCACUUGACGACGAAAUAGCAAAACUGGACUCCACUGUGGAUUCCACAAAAAUUGAAAAUUUGAAACAGUCUAAAGUUUUAGAUGAAAUUGUUGUGGUUGAAAGAAAUGUUGUGAAAAAAUUUGACUUCGCAAGAAGUGAAGUGAAAGUCGUUGGGAAUGUCGAAGUCGAUGAUGUCGGUGUUAUUGAAGAUAAACAGGGAGCACUUGAGGCGGACUUUGCUAAUAAGUAUAUUGGCGGUGGUGUGCUCAAUAUGGGUAUGGUGCAAGAAGAGAUCCUCUUUUUGAAAUGUCCAGAGUCUUUAGUCAGUUUAUUACUAUGUGAAGGGAUGGAAGACAAAGAUUCUAUUCGGAUGUAUAAUGUAAUUAAAUACUCCGAUGGGGAAGGAUAUUCCCAUGGAUAUAACACAACCAAAGAGGUGUUUUCAAAGAAGGAAAAACACGACUGGACCGCUUUUGACGCAUUGAAAGGUGGAGACAGAAAGAACGGCCAAUAUCUGCCUUGGGGUAUAGAAAGAGAACUUCAUAAAGUGCUUUCAGCAACAGAAAGAGGUGCGAAAGAAACGGAGAAGACACUACCAAUAUUUUCAACGGGAAAAUGGGGAAGUGGUGCUUAUAAAGGAGAUAUGAGACUUAAAUUCAUUAUACAGAUGUGUGCAUGUGCUUUGAAUGGAAGAGAUAUGAUUUAUAACACAUUUAAUGAUACACCAUUUGGCAAUGAAAUUCGAGAGUUUGUGAAAGUCAUUCGAGUAAACAAACCUACAGUUGGGCAAUUGUAUAAGUACAUGGUGGACCACAAGAGUAAAGGACACUUUUUGGACGAUUUUGAUAAUAUUCCAAAGUCACGAUAA